AUUUUACUAAUGUUGAAGCACAUGUUGUACUAUAAAAAAACAGAGUUUAUUAUCUGUUUCUUUGGCUUGACAUGACAAAUGUACAACUGGGAGAGAAAGUCAGUCCGAUUGUGUUGGGGAUGACGAUGGCAAAAGUAGUAAAUAAGGAAGAAACAGGAGGGGCGUUUUCGGGAGAAGAAGGAGGAAUAUGAGUGUGAGUUGUUGUUGUAGGAAUCUGGGCAAGACAAUAAAAAAGGCAAUACCUUCACAUCAUUUGCAUCUGAGAAGUCUUGGUGGGAGUCUCUAUCGUCGUCGUAUCCAAAGCUCUUCAAUGGAGACCGAUCUCAAGUCAACCUUUCUCAACGUUUAUUCUGUUCUCAAGUCUGACCUUCUUCAUGACCCUUCCUUCGAAUUCACCAAUGAAUCUCGUCUCUGGGUUGAUCGGAUGCUGGACUACAAUGUACGUGGAGGGAAACUCAAUCGGGGUCUCUCUGUUGUUGACAGUUUCAAACUUUUGAAGCAAGGCAAUGAUUUGACUGAGCAAGAGGUUUUCCUCUCUUGUGCUCUCGGUUGGUGCAUUGAAUGGCUCCAAGCUUAUUUCCUUGUGCUUGAUGAUAUUAUGGAUAACUCUGUCACUCGCCGUGGUCAACCUUGCUGGUUCAGAGUUCCUCAGGUUGGUAUGGUUGCCAUCAAUGAUGGGAUUCUACUUCGCAAUCACAUCCACAGGAUUCUCAAAAAGCAUUUCCGUGAUAAGCCUUACUAUGUUGACCUUGUUGAUUUGUUUAAUGAGGUUGAGUUGCAAACAGCUUGUGGCCAGAUGAUAGAUUUGAUCACCACCUUUGAAGGAGAAAAGGAUUUGGCCAAGUACUCAUUGUCAAUCCACCGUCGUAUUGUCCAGUACAAAACGGCUUAUUACUCAUUUUAUCUCCCUGUUGCUUGUGCGUUGCUUAUGGCCGGCGAAAAUUUGGAAAACCAUAUUGAUGUGAAGAAUGUUCUUGUUGACAUGGGAAUCUACUUCCAAGUGCAGGAUGAUUAUCUGGAUUGUUUUGCUGAUCCCGAGACGCUUGGCAAGAUAGGAACAGAUAUAGAAGAUUUCAAAUGCUCGUGGUUGGUGGUUAAGGCAUUAGAGCGCUGCAGCGAAGAACAAACUAAGAUAUUAUAUGAGAACUAUGGUAAACCCGACCCAUCGAACGUUGCUAAAGUGAAGGAUCUCUACAAAGAGCUGGAUCUUGAGGGAGUUUUCAUGGAGUAUGAGAGCAAAAGCUACGAGAAGCUGACUGGAGCGAUUGAGGGACACCAAAGUAAAGCAAUCCAAGCAGUGCUAAAAUCCUUCUUGGCUAAGAUCUACAAGAGGCAGAAGUAGUAGAGACAGACAAACAUAAGUCUCAGCCCUCAAAAAUUUCCUGUUAUGUCUUUGAUUCUUGGUUGGUGAUUUGUGUAAUUCUGUUAAGUGCUCUGAUUUUCAGGGGGAAUAAUAAACCUGCCUCACUUUUAUUCUUGUGUUACAAUUGUAUUUGUUUCAUGACUAUGAUCUUCUUCUUUCAUCAGUUAUAUGAAUUUGAGAUUCUUGUUGGUUGAUGCCUGUGACUACAUACAUAAUAUUGACCAACAGAAGAAGAUAACUC